GGGGUAAUGCUGCUUUGCUGCUGCGGUGCUCGGGCCCAGGCGCGAUGUCCCUCACGGAGAGCAUUGAAACCAAAUCCGAGAAGCCCAUGUCCUUCAUUUGGGGGUGUGAGCUGAGCAGCGAGCGGAGCUCCUACACCUUCCAGGUGCCCGAGGAGUGGCAGUGCGAGCAGCAGUUGGCGCUGCGCACGAUCUGCCUCGGCGAGAAGGCGCGGGAUGAGUUCCACGUGGUGGAGGUGGUGCCGGCCGAGGAGGGCGCGGUGCCGUUGGCUACGCUGAAACCGUCGGUGCUGCCCAUGGCCACGUUGGUGGGAGUGGAGCUGACACCGCCCGUCACUUUCCGGCUCCGCGCGGGGUCCGGCCCGGUGUACAUCAGCGGGCAGCACGUGUCCCUGGUGCCCGACCUGUCCUGGGAGGAGGAGGAGGAGGAGGAAGAGGAGGCGGAGGAGGAAGAAGAGGAGGAGACCCCCGAGGUGCCCCCCCGGGGCCAAGUGGCCAAAAAGGGCCACGCCGCCAAGAAGAGGCGACUGGAGAAGGAGGCUGAGCUGAACAACGCCUCCCCCGAGGAGCCCCUGCCCAGCAAGGGCCGAGGAGGCGGCCGUGGCAGGAAGGCAGCAGCGAGGAAAUGAGCUGCAAUGGGUGCUCACCAGGUUUUGCUGCAGGAGAGAUCAGAAAUCUGCUCUUCUUCCCCCAAUAAAGGCUCUGUUUUGCAA